AUGGUCUGGGAGGCAGAUUGGCUCUCUAUCCACGAGCAGCUCGCUUUGAUUGGGGGAGCGGGUGAAAACCCACUGGAUGAAUUUUGCAUUCCUCUGGAUAUUAGGCAACUUUUUUUCCCAUUCACAAAUCCAUCCUUGUCUAUGCUGCUCACUCUCGGUUUCGUCCUACUUGUGUUUUUUGUUGUUACGAAAAAGGGAGGUGGAAAGUCAGUUCCAAAUGCAUGGCAAUCCUUGGUAGAACUAAUUUAUGAUUUUGUGUUGAACCUUGUAAACGAACAAAUAGGUGGUCUUUCCGGAAAUGUGAAACAAAAGUUUUUCCCUCAACUCUCGGUCACUUUUACUUUUUCGUUAUUUCGUAAUCCCCAGGGUAUGAUACCCUUUAGCUUCACAUUGACAAGCCAUUUUCUCAUUACCGCUUGGCUCUUUCGAUCCUUUUCCAUUUUUAUAGGCAUUGCGAUCGUUGGAUUUCAAAGACAUGGGCUUCAUUUUCUUAGCUUCUUAUUACCUGCGGGAGUCCCAUGGCCACUGCCGUUAGCACCUUUUUUAGACAUGGGCUUCAUUUUCUUAGCUUCUAAUCUCAAUUUGCAUUUACUUGAAUGA